CAGGUAGCUAGUUCGCUAGCCAUUGCACCGUGAUGAGUUUUAAAUUCCUGUAAGUUCCGAUGUGAAGAGGACUUCACAGAUUUGACAGCUUGCUAGUCAUAUUGGCAUAUAUUUCAGUUUUACCCAGUUUAUUUCAGUUAUUCUCUUCAAACCGUUAAUUUGUAAAGCGCUAGAUUUCCGACAAGGGAUUGUGCAUUAUGCGUCGUGAUCUGUAUGCGUUGCUAUUGUGGCGAGCCAACUAGUUAGCUAAUAUGCUACAAGGCUGCAAGAAAUCGAAGUACAAGAGAAGUUAAAUCUAGCUUGCUAAUCAUUCUAAGGAUUUGCUUCUUUAUUUUUUGCAUAUUUGGCAAGCUAGCUAGCUAGCCAACCCAAAAACAACAAUGACCCUGGCUCCGAAGGAGCUAUCGAAUCUGUUAGGGAUAAUUUCCGAAGAAGCUUGCUCUAACACUUUCGAAAGUCUGUCAACUGCCUUUCAUCAUUACUUUGGGAAGGCAGAACAUUUCCGUGUGGGUUCAGUUCUGGUGAUGCUGCUACAACAACCGGAUCUCCUAUCAGUCCUGCCAAGUUCUCCCCAGCGUCUUACGGCUCUCUACCUGCUAUGGGAAAUGUAUCGCACAGAGCCGCUCGCCGCCAACCCCUUUGCCGCGGUCUUUGCUCACCUUUUAAAUCCCCCACCAGUUGGAGAGGAGCAAGACAAACCUCUGUCUGGAUUUCUCCCACCUAUAACACAGCAGGAGAAGUUCUUCCUGUCUCAGCUCAUGCUAGCCCCUCCCAGGGAUCUGUUUAAGAAGACGCCCAAACAGGUGUCAUGCAUGGAUGUCGGAAACAUGCCUCAGUCCAUAGAUAUCAGCGGGCUUCAGCUGGCUCUUGCAGAACGACAGUCGGAGCUGCCCACACAAAGUAAGGCCAGUUUUCCCAGCAUCCUCAAUGAUCCUGACCCAGAUUCUUCCAAUUCAGGAUUCGACAGCUCCGUAGCCAAUCAAAUCACAGAGGCCUUGGUCACUGGGCCACGACCUCCCCUGGAGAGUCACUUUCGUCCUGAGUUCAUCCGGCCACCCCCUCCUUUGCACGUGUGUGAGGAUGAGCUGUCCUGGCUGAACCCCUCCGAGCCCGACCACCGCGUGCAGUGGGACCGCUCCAUGUGCGUUAAGAACAGUACCGGGUUGGAGAUCAAACGCAUCAUGUCCAAGGCCUUCAAGAGCCCUCUUUCUGCACAACAGCAAUCACAGCUGCUGGGAGAGCUAGAGGCAGACCCAAAGCUGGUGUAUCACAUCGGGCUGUCCCCAGCCAAGCUGCCUGACCUGGUAGAGAACAAUCCAUUGGUGGCCAUAGAGAUGUUGCUGAAGCUGAUGCAGUCCAGCCAGAUCACAGAGUAUUUCUCUGUACUCGUCAACAUGGACAUGUCCCUGCACUCCAUGGAGGUGGUGAACAGAUUAACAACUGCAGUUGACCUUCCUCCAGAAUUCAUUCAUUUGUACAUCUCUAACUGUAUCUCAACAUGUGAGCAGAUCAAAGAUAAAUACAUGCAGAACCGUCUGGUGCGCCUUGUCUGCGUGUUCCUGCAGUCUCUGAUCCGAAACAAGAUCAUCAACGUGCAGGACCUGUUCAUCGAGGUGCAGGCCUUCUGCAUCGAGUUCAGCCGGAUCCGUGAAGCUGCCGGGCUCUUCCGGCUGCUGAAGACUCUGGAUUCAGGAGAGACACCCCCAGAAGCAAAACCCGCCAAAUAACUCCCUGCCUCCCAAAUGACCCACAUCCUCCAUCUAUCAACUUCUCAAAGCCCUUCUCUGUUCUGACGCUCUACUUUUUGUAUAAGAAUGUACACAUUCUACACUUGCUGUUGAUUGUCUGUCAAAGAUUAAUUAUACUCAAAGAGAUUUGAAACAGUGUCACUUGUGUUGGAUAUGCUGCCAGUGACUGCACAGCAGAAGGAAGGCUGUUCUGAUCUGUUAUUUUGUCACUCUUUCCCUCUAAAUGAAAUGUAAAUGUUGAACCUUCACUACAUCACAAUUCUUUUCUACACUGGAUAUGCGCGACAGAAAUGC